GUCUCGAUCUCUUGACCUUGUGAUCCGCCCGCCUCGGCCUCCCAAAGUGCUAGGAUGACAGGUAUGAGCCACUGCGCCCGGCCAAUAUUUGUAGUUUCUGUAACUCACCUUAAGGAGGAGGAAUUUCAGUUUCUAUGGCCUGCCUUGCAGGAGAAAAAUGGGAGAAAGAAGGGGGGCAGGAGAAGGUCACAGAGAGACUUGGCUUCUGAGGCUCUUCCAGUGUCCUUUGGUUCAAAGUACUCAGCACGCCCAAGUGUCAUAUUUUUAGGCAUCGCUUUCUGACCCCUAACAGCACCUUCACUCAGAUGACCACUGGGCAUCUCAAACAUAACCCAGACCAAGCACCGGCCACUUUCCACAUCUCAGAUAAUGACAACUCUCCUAGGUGCUCAAGCCAAAACUGUGCAGUCCUUCCUGCUCUUUCCCUCACUCCCUACAUCCAACUCCUCAGCAAAUCCUGUGUUCUCUACCUUCAAAAGCCAUUGUAAAUCUGGCUGCCUCUCCCUCCCUGCUCUCACCGCCCUUGUGACCUCUCGCCUGGAUAGUGGCAGCAGGCUCCUCACUGGUCUCCAGCUUCCACUGACAUUGAUUCUCGCCACAGCAGCGAGAGUACGCCUUGAAAUCUCUCAGGUCCCUCCUCACAGCCCUGUCUAGACUAACAGCCCUCCCAGAUUUACAGAGCCCCAUCCCACCCCUUCCACCCCCACCUCCUACUGUUUGCCACCCCCUCCCCAGGCCUCCCAGCCUCACUGGCCUUCUUACACAACAGGCCUGAGGGCCACUGCGCUGACUGUUCCGUCUGCCUGGAAUUGGCAUGACUGGCUCCCUCAUUUCCUUCAAGUACUUGUCCAAUGUUACUUUCUCAGUGAGGCCUACCCUGACCACUCUAUUUGUAAUUGCAACCUCCCUACUCCCACAAUUUCCCGUCUCCCUUAUCCUCCUCUGUUUUUUCCGUGCCACUUAUUACCUUCUAACACAUUUAUUAUUAUUAUAUAGUAUUAACUGAACAAAAUUUAGUAGGGGAGACAGGCAAUAAACAAGAAAAUAAAAGCCUGAGCAUAGGAGAGUUUACUCUAGCAGUGAGUGCUCUGAUGGAAAUAACACCCUAGGGAUGGGAUAGACUGCAGGGCAGGUUGCUUUACAAUGGUCCCAGAGGGGACCUCUGAGCAGAGACUCAAAUCUGCCUCCAGAGGCGUCCUGAGGAGUGGAGCUGCGGCUGGGGGUGGGAAGGAAGGCCAUUCUAGGCUGCAGGAACUGUAAGGGCAAAGGCUCUGAGGUGGGAGCCAAGUUCAUGGGCAGAUGUUUGAGGACACCUCCGGCUUCCAGGGCCUUCCAGAAGCUCCAGUCUCUUGGGUUUGGUUGUGCAUUCCCGAGAUCUUCACCGCAGGCCGCCUCCUGGACCCACUAGGGCAGAGCCUGGGGGCUGCCGGUGGGCUUCAGGCCAGGGAAGCAGAAAUGGGUAAUUUCCAGAGGCAGAAAUCAGCCGACCCCGGUGGGCCAGUGGGUGGCCAGAAAAGCUUGACCGGCCCAAAAAGCUUGACCGGCCCUCGCGGGCUGUGUAUGAGCCCACCCCUAGGAGGUGCCCAGAGUGAGACGUCCCUGGUUUGGCUCUGCCGGGGAAGUAGGCCUAGCAGGGAGAGGGGGACCAGAGACGAAGAGAUGGACUGAGUUUUCCGGACGGUGGGCAAGGACCGAGGCCCGCGGACCAUCUGAGGGGGACCUCUGGGUUCGAGGCCGCCCGCACCGACCAGUUCUGUGGCUCGGGCAGUUCAACGCCCUCUCGGGCCUCAGUUUCCCGCCCUCGCAGAUCCCGAGGCCGCCUCGGAGAUCCCGGGCCGGUUGAAUACUGGGCGGGGAGGGGCGGUAACUCAAGCCUCCCGGGCGGGGUCUCCCAGCUCCCGCCGCCACGUUGCAGCCCAGGCGGAGGCGAGGGGUCUCGAGCCAAGAUCGCCCUCUUGGGCAUCGGUGCGAUCGGCGGCGGGAGGUAAGAGUGGACCCGGCGGGCUCCGGGAGGAAGUGGCCCCAGGGAAGGCGUGGCCGUGGGGACGUGGUGGGUAACAGCCCCGACACGAGGACGGGGAAACCGAGGCGGUAGCCAGGGAGACCCUGACCGAGAUGACCCCUGUUUAGGGCGAUAGCCGAGUUGGUGCUCCCCGCAGUGGCCACUGGCACUGCGGUCCCGCACCCCCAGCUCGCCUCUCCUCCAACAAAAGAAUCCAGGAAGACGACGGGGCAGGCGGGAGGCCGGGUGUGCGGGCGGCCUGGCCCCCCUGCUGGUGGAGAGGAGGAAGCGCCCUUCCCCGGACGCGGGAGAGGGGAGGGGGCAUGGCCUCACGGGCUGCCCACCCCCUCCGUGUGCCCCAGUGCUGGGCCCAGGACCCCCAGUAAGGCCACUCCUCUGGCAAAUAUCUGUGAUCUCCUCCUCCCGCUUCCUGGGCCACCCCUACUGGAAUGGCCUCUCUCCCCAUCCAGGGGCCUGACUUGUAUUUCUCCAUAACCCUUAGCAUUACCGGUCUUUUUGGUAUCUCUUAUUUCACUAAUUAUUCUUUCAUUAAUUUAUUAGCAUUUAUUUUGUUUGCCUACAGUGUGUUUCUCCCUGUGGGACUGUAGGCUCCAGGAGGGCGGGAGACUUUGAUUUGUCCACUGAUGUAUUCCCAUUAAUUCAACAGAUCCCUCCUGAGGGCCUAUCUGAGCCCUGCACAGUGCUGGAUAUUGGGGUUCUCCUGGGAACUUAGCCGAGCCCCACCCUAGACAUUCUGGGGCUGGGAACAGUGCUGUAAACACAAAUGACAUCGUCGUGAGAUGAAGGAAACCAGAAAUGGGGGGUCUACUGGUCAGAUGAUCUUAGGUCAGACCACCUUUGUGGUCAGGGCCACCUUAGAUGAUAUGGUGAUCAUGCAGGGCCUCCCAGAUUAGGUGACUUCAGUUAAAGCCACAAAGAAACUGAGUGGGAGGUGCUAGAAGGGAAAAGCUAGGAACCAUGAGGGCACGUGUAGCUCUGACCUAGCCUCAGGCAGGGAGCUGGGGUCUGAAGAGUAAAGGUCAAGAAAAGGGGACCCAGCCCCUUAAGCUGCUCAGGGGUUCCUGGCUGGGUAGAUGGGUGGGGGGAUUCUCAGGGGUCACGGAAGGCUUCCUGGUGGAGGCUGUGGUUUCAUUAGGCCUCGAAGGUGGAGUAGGAGUUCUCAUUCUUUGGGAUAAGCUGACUGGGCUUGAGAAUUGUUUUGCAGGCUCCCUGGGAACCAGGUGGUCCAAGGGCUGAGCUGUGUGGCCAGACAAGAGGUCCCUGCCCUCCCCCAGUGAGCCCUGCCGUUCCUGUGGGAGCCAUGAAGCUGAACGAGAGGAGUGUAGCCCACUAUGCACUCAGCGACUCCCCAGCAGACCACACGGGCUUCCUGCGCACCUGGGGGGGCCCAGGGACCCCAUCGACCCCUAGUGGCACUGGCCGAAGAUGCUGGUUUGUCCUCAAGGGCAACCUGCUGUUCUCCUUUGAGAGUCGUGAGGGCCGGGCCCCGCUGAGCCUGGUGGUGCUGGAAGGCUGCACAGUGGAGCUGGCUGAGGCUCCUGUGCCUGAGGAGUUUGCCUUUGCCAUCUGCUUUGAUGCUCCUGGAGUGCGCCCACACCUGCUGGCUGCAGAAGGGCCGGCGGCCCAGGAGGCCUGGGUGAAGGCGCUGUCUCGGGCAAGCUUUGGCUACAUGCGCCUGGUGGUACGUGAGUUGGAGAGCCAGUUGCAGGACGCACGCCAGAGCCUGGCUUUGCAACGCCGCUCAUCCUGGAAGUCUGUUGCCGGCCGCUGUAAGCCCCAGGCUCCUAACCACCAAUCUGUGGGCCUGGAGAAUGGCCACUCCCUCUCCAAGGACAGCAGCCCCGUGGGCUUGGUUGAAGAAGGGGGCAGCAGGUCUUCAGGGCGGGGGUUGGCUGAGUGGGAGCUGCAGGGCCCUGCCAGCCUCCUCCUAGGCAGGGGGCAGAGCCCUGUGUCCCCUGAGACCUCCUGCUUCUCUACCCUCCAUGACUGGUAUGGCCAGGAGAUCAUGGAGCUGCGGCAGUGUUGGCAGCAGCGGGCCCAGAGGAGCCAGCCAAAAUGUGAGGAACAGGAUAAGCCCUAAGUCUGGACCCUUUGAGUCAGGAAACCAGGGCCAGUUCUUUUUCAGGAGUUAAAUGUUUACCCAUUUCCAAUGUUGUGUUUUGGGAGGGGACACGGGUUCUCUCCUUCCUGCUAUUUAGGCAUUCUCCAGAUUCCAGAUCCACCCGUGUGUCUGGAAGGGACUGAGGGACCAUUCCUUCCAUCCUCUUUAUUUCCUGAGGUCCAGAGAGGAAAGGAGACUUAGACGCCACAGAGCAAGACCCCAAUCUCCUGACUGCACUGGCUUGACUGGCCCCUCCCAGGGGAUGUUAAUGAAAUGAAGGAAGUGGGAAAUGUCACCUGAGAGUGUCACAGGCUUGCCCUACCUUUGACCUAUACACCAGGCUCUGGAGCCAUAAUUUCCAACCUGGGGAGUCUCGUGUGCAUUUAAAUCCGAGGUAGGCUGCAGUAUUGGCUUGAGGCUCUGACACUGUCAGAGAAAGUGGAUUUAUUGUGUCACAGGAGUUUCUGGGACCCAGCUCUUCCUGAGAGGGGUGGGAAGAUUGGGGAUCCUCACUCAGCAGUUUGGGUAGGGCCCUUUGAGGCAGAGGGUCUUCGGCCAGUGAAGAGAGAUUUACUCUGCUCAGAGUGUUGGGGUCCCAUCCUUUCUCCCCGGGUCCCCUGUUAACAGAUGGUGCUGGACCUUGCCCCAGAAGGGGCUUGUAGCUUUUUUAUGUCAACGAAAUGCCCUCCUGUACUCUGUCUUCAGCAGCCAACUCCUGGAGCUGCCAAGUGAGGGGUUAAAGAAGAGGUGGGUAGGCAGCGUGGCUCCCUGGGUAAAGUUUGUUGCUUUGGUUCUCAGUCCUGGGUAUUCUAGAAGUUUGGACACGGGAUUCCGUUUCCUGUGCUAAAAUUCUCCCUCCUGGCUGGGCUCCGGUAAACUGAAGCUGCUCGAGAAACCACCUGGAAACUCUCAUAGCCCUGUUUGUCACCCAGGGUGUACUUGCCAGGACCUUUCCUUGCUACUCUUCCCAACAUCGAGCGUGAUUUUUCUAUUGUUCUGGGAGGCAAAGCGGCUGGGUAACCAGAGCCUAACCAGACUGACGCCCCAGGGAGAAGACGCAGAGGCCGGGAGGAGACACCCCCUCCCAAACACACAAAACUUGCCCCUUCCUGGCCUCGGCUCCCCUCACUGGGGCCUUGGGCAGGGCUGACCCGCACCCAACUAGGCCUAAGGGGGACGCUCGGAGCCUCUUACCCCCAGGAGACGGAGAUGCGCCCAGGGCGGGCGCCCGGACUGUUCCCCACCCCUGCCUGGAAGCUCCGCAGCCACUGCAUUUUGUUGACGGGCCCUUCUCUUAUUCCUACAGUGUUUUGUACGCGGUUAAAACACUAGUAAAGCUUUUUCAUUAUUA